UCUGGGACAGAAGGGUUGGGAAGACGGACACCACAAUGAUGCUAUCUUGGGUGAUGCUGUUAGUGCUUGCAGGUAAUUCUGCAAUAACAACAGCAAUAACAAGACCAGCAAGAACAAGAACAAGAGCAACAACUCCUUUCUAUACCACCCCCAUUUAUGAUGAAAUUUAUGUGAGGCUGUCGGGAAACUGUUCCGGUCUACUUGAAGUUUAUUACUUUGGUGGCUGGACUGGUGUAUGCUAUGAUCAACUCAGCCUGACGGAAGCUGAGGUCGUCUGCAGGGAACUGAAGUGUGGCCGAGCACUUUCAGUUAGGAAAUACAACAACAGCCUCACUUACCCUUACUUGAGUAACGUGUCCUGUACUGGCAAUGAAGACUACUUCUGGCAAUGCUCUUUUCGAGAAGGAAGCUGCCGAACCAACGCAAAUGUUGCAGUUGCAUGUGCAGACUCAAAAUGGCUUCAAACAACAGCUCCUUUUCCAGAAACCAGAACACCUGAUUAUAGAAAAGAGCUCCGAUUGGUAAAUGGAGGGGAUCGCUGUCAAGGCCGUGUUGAAGUUCGGCGUGACUAUGGAGAAUGGGGGACAGUUUGUGAUGACUCAUGGGAUCUAAACGAUGCGGCGGUAGUAUGCAGACAACUCGGAUGUGGACAAGCUGUUGAAGCUAAACAUGGAGGCUAUUUUGGACAAGGAUAUGGUCCUAUUCUUCUCGAUGAUGUUUACUGCCGUGGGUAUGAAUCCUAUCUUUGGGACUGUACAACUUCAGGCUGGGGAAAACAUAAUUGCAACCACUAUGAAGAUGCUGGUGUUAUUUGUUCAGCGAGUGUUCGUCCAACACCAGGGUGGACUACACCGCAUUGGCCAGGGUGGACUACACCGCAUUGGCCAGUUAUAAGGACUACAUCGCAUAGGCCAGGACAAUCUUGUGGUGGUUUUCUUGGAUACCCAUCAGGAUCAUUUAAAAGUCCAUAUUAUCCUUCUGACUAUCCAAACAAUGUGGACUGUGUAUGGGAAAUACAAGUUAGAAACAACUACCAAAUAAGACUUACCUUUCAGGACUUUUUUCUAGAAGAAUGUGAUAGAUAUAGAUGCCGUUGUGAUUAUGUUGAAAUCUAUGAUGGACCUCUUCAUACUGCCUCACUGCUUGGGAAAAUUUGUUAUGGCUAUUAUCACACUUUUACAUCAAGUUCCAAUAUGAUGACAAUUAAAUUCCAUAGUGAUAGAAGUGUCACAAGAAGGGGAUUCCUUGCAAACUAUCACAGCAUCUCUGGAGAUCAAAACACAACUCUUGUUUGCCAGCCGACCUAUAUGGAAGCUGCAAUUAGUAGAAGUUAUCUGAACUCUCAAGGCUAUAAUCCAUGGAGUGUCAGCUUGAUGGAUCCCAACUGCAGACCGAGGAUCACACCAUAUUAUGUUAUAUUCAACAUACCAUAUAAUGGCUGUCGGACCAGAAGAGAUGUUGAUGCCGAUACUAUUACAUAUUCAAAUGAGAUCUCAGUAAUUGCCCCUUCACAAGACUUCAUAAGAAGGGUACCAGAUCUUCUUGUGCAUGUCAACUGCAAGAUGCUUCAAAACACCUGGAUAGAAACAAUGUAUAUCGCUCAGCAAACCAAAGAGAUUAACGAAACACAAUAUGGCCAAUAUAGUGUGAACCUUACAUUUUAUGACUCAUCCUUCUGGAAACCAGUGAAUGAUAUGCCUUAUUAUGUCGUAUUAAAUCAAAGGUUAUAUUUGCAAGCUUAUCUCUAUAGUUCCGAUUCCAACCUGCAGAUGUUUUUGGAUACUUGUACAGCAUCACCCAAUUACAAUGAUUUUACAAACCUAACUUACGACAUUAUCAAAAAUGGGUGUGUUAAAGAAUCUACCUAUCAGACUUACUACUCCCCAUAUAGAAACAUUCUUCGUUUUUCCUUCCAAGCCUUUGCCUUCAUGGGCAGGCACCCAUCAGUUUACCUGCAGUGUAAAGUGGUGGUUUGCAGAUCCUAUGACUACUACUCAAGAUGUAAUCGAGGCUGCCUGCUCCGAUCCAAGAGAGAUACAGGCUCCUAUCAUGAAAACCUAGAUGUCAUUAUUGGCCCCAUCGAAGUUGUGAAGGAUGGUGUUCAGAACAGAAACUUUGGACAAUCUUGUGGUGGUUUUCUUGGAUACCCAUCAGGAUCAUUUAAAAGUCCAUAUUAUCCUUCUGACUAUCCAAACAAUGUGGACUGUGUAUGGGAAAUACAAGUUAGAAACAACUACCAAAUAAGACUUACCUUUCAGGACUUUUUUCUAGAAGAAUGUGAUAGAUAUAGAUGCCGUUGUGAUUAUGUUGAAAUCUAUGAUGGACCUCUUCAUACUGCCUCACUGCUUGGGAAAAUUUGUUAUGGCUAUUAUCACACUUUUACAUCAAGUUCCAAUAUGAUGACAAUUAAAUUCCAUAGUGAUAGAAGUGUCACAAGAAGGGGAUUCCUUGCAAACUAUCACAGCAUCUCUGGAAAUCAAAACACAACUCUUGUUUGCCAGCCGACCUAUAUGGAAGCUGCAAUUAGUAGAAGUUAUCUGAACUCUCAAGGCUAUAAUCCAUGGAGUGUCAGCUUGAUGGAUCCCAACUGCAGACCGAGGAUCACACCAUAUUAUGUUAUAUUCAACAUACCAUAUAAUGGCUGUCGGACCAGAAGAGAUGUUGAUGCCGAUACUAUUACAUAUUCAAAUGAGAUCUCAGUAAUUGCCCCUUCACAAGACUUCAUAAGAAGGGUACCAGAUCUUCUUGUGCAUGUCAACUGCAAGAUGCUUCAAAACACCUGGAUAGAAACAAUGUAUAUCGCUCAGCAAACCAAAGAGAUUAACGAAACACAAUAUGGCCAAUAUAGUGUGAACCUUACAUUUUAUGACUCAUCCUUCUGGAAACCAGUGAAUGAUAUGCCUUAUUAUGUCGUAUUAAAUCAAAGGUUAUAUUUGCAAGCUUAUCUCUAUAGUUCCGAUUCCAACCUGCAGAUGUUUUUGGAUACUUGUACAGCAUCACCCAAUUACAAUGAUUUUACAAACCUAACUUACGACAUUAUCAAAAAUGGGUGUGUUAAAGAAUCUACCUAUCAGACUUACUACUCCCCAUAUAGAAACAUUCUUCGUUUUUCCUUCCAAGCCUUUGCCUUCAUGGGCAGGCACCCAUCAGUUUACCUGCAGUGUAAAGUGGUGGUUUGCAGAUCCUAUGACUACUACUCAAGAUGUAAUCGAGGCUGCCUGCUCCGAUCCAAGAGAGAUACAGGCUCCUAUCAUGAAAACCUAGAUGUCAUUAUUGGCCCCAUCGAAGUUGUGAAGGAUGGUGUUCAGAACAGAAACUUUGAAGCAAAUCUGGAAGGCCAGGAAAAAUUGGCAACUCCUGAUUCCCAUGUACCUUACAUAGUUGCUGCUGCCAUCCUUGCAGUCGUUGCCAUGACUCUUGCAGGAAUUAUUCUGAAAAACAAGUGGAAAAGAUCAAUUCCAUAUGAGAUAAUGUGAGGACUUAAAAAUCUUGUGUUAUAAACCAGUGCUGAGUUAAUUGUGAUGAACUUAAUUAUUGGAUGGAGAGUGUCCUCAACAGCAAUACCAGUAUUUCUCUGAUGUAUUAAUAUUCUUGUGAUUUACAUUGAUUUUGCUUUUACAUUAAAUUUAAGAACUAGAAAAUAAGGUCUUGAAAAAUUCAUUAAAUUUAUAGUAGCAAUCUGAAGAAUAUAUUUGUACGGAAUUUUGUAAUAUUCUUAAACACACUGUCCAGAAUGAAGGGAUGAGGGCUGGAAUUUCAUCCCAUAUAAUGUCUCUUCAGUCCUUCCCAGUUCAGGACGAAAAUAUGCAACAAGCACCUCUGUUCUCUUUAUUCUUCCUAUUUAAUUAAAUAAAAUACAAUUUCACUUUAGCAGGAAGCUUGUUUCUGAAAGUUCUACAAUUUUUAUCAAGUUAUCUCCAGUCUGGCUAUCUUAAUUCUACUAUCAACUGAGAAAAAAGUGUUGAAAGAGAAUGUAUAUAUUCAUUAGUUCAUCUUAAGCAAGAUACAAGUUGCAAACAGAUCAGCAGAUAUUUCCAUGUUGUCCUCCAAAGUGGCCCAACCCAGAAUAUAAUAGUACAGAUGAGAAAUUAUUAAUCAAGUACAAUAGCAACAAGAAAAUCUUGAUGCAAAAUCUUGAUGAAAUACUGCCAAGU